AUGGCGACCAGUGGUCCCUCUAGUCUUUAUGCUGGUUAUCCUAAGCGCAGUGGUGACCAACAACCUGAUGACGACCCUCCGCACGAACAUGGUGAUGGCGUAGGCCGUGAAUCUAGAGAAGCAGGUGUCGAUGAUGCUCCUCGUGAUGAUCAUGGCCAGACCAGCGGUGACUGGUCAUCGGGAGGCGCUUGGAAACAGUGGAGUGAUGGUUGGCACUCGAGCCAAUGGGGUCACUCUUGGGGAAACGACAGUCGAGGGUGGAACAAGCCUGGGUGGGCUCAGGCCGACGACCCUUGGACUGCACGGAGUGGGACCUGGUACGAUCCAAAGCCUUGGGGGUCAACCUCGACGGGCCCUGGAUCUGCAGAUGGCGGCCCCGAUGGAGCUUCGAAGGAUUCUUCGUCGGACCGUUGGGCCAGGCAUGUGUCGCUUGGUGAGUCUCGAAGCUAUGAGGGACAACCGGACGGUUGGGGCCCUUCUACAGAUGCGCAAGGCAAAGCUAUGAGCGGACGCAGGGAAGAGAACAGCAGAGGACCUUCCGAGAAGAUGAUUGUGCCGUCGUUCUCGGGCCUGACACCCAGCACCGGGGACGACCUCGGCACAUCUGCACGUUCCUAUCUACGGCAAGUCUCCACAUGGCGUCGUAUGACAAGGAUGAGUGAAGAUCAGCAAGGAUUGACCUUGUACCAACACUUGACCGAUCGGGCAUGGGUCGAUGCUGAGAGGCUGGACAUGGACAAGCUUGCCAGCCGCCAGGGAGUCGACUAUUUGGUUGACUGGAUUAAGGACCGCUACUUGGACGUUCAGGUCACUCAGAUCGGGCGCAGCCUUUCAGGUUUCUUUCGGGGACUGCAUCGCAAAGGCAAUCAAUCUGUCAGGGAUUAUAUGGCGGAGUUCGACAGGGCGUAUGCACGCCUUGCCGAAGUGGGAUGUCAACUCCCCGAUGUGGCUGCAGCAUGGGUCUUUGUGGACCGCAUGGGCUUGGAAGAGCAAGCCGAACUCAAUCUUUUGGCAUCGGUAGGAAACCAAUACUCCCUCAAAGCCCUACAACAAGCAGCUAUCGUACAUGAUCGGGGUCUACGUAAACCGUGGGAAAACCAACAUAAAGGAGUUCGGAAGGAUUGGACCCCCAAGAAACCCUACACGGCGAACCUCGCGGAGAUUGAUGAGUAUGAGGCCUUUGAGACCACCGAGCCUUCCGUCUUCGAUGAGGGCGACCAGGAAUGCGUUGCUGAGGAAGUCGCGCACGACCUGUUCGAGGCAUACAUGACGCAUGAGUCGGCCAAGCAACGCUACAGGGAGAAUGCGAAGCUCAGGGGUUCUGAUCCGGAUACCCUCAAACGUUUGGCUGCCGAGAAGCUUAAGUCCGCCAAGGCAAAGUCGUUCUGUGCAGGAUGCAAAAGACGUGGCCACUGGCAUAAGGAUGCAGUAUGCCCCCUGAACCGCACAGGAGGUGAGGCAUCGACUAUGUCGACGAAUGCUACUCGGGCGACGACGACUGGUGGUGCUGGUGGCAAUGAGAACCCCAAGACGAACUUCCCAUGUCAUGUUGUUCAUGUUACAUGGGAGAUUGACGGCUACCUGGGCAAGGACCUUCUGGCGAUCACGGACACCGCAUGCUCGAGAUCAGUUGCUGGGGCAGGGUGGAUAGACGGAUAUCUUGCUGAGGCGCGGCUUGGAAACUACAAGAUUGGGCUCAAGGUGGCAGUGGUCAACGGGGAUGUGCCGUUGCUUGUCUCGCGGAGUGCGCUGGGCAAGAUGGGAAUGAUGCUCGAUGUGGAAAGGAACAGAGCGACGUUCCGACACCUUGGCGUAGAGGACAUGCCACUCGAGAUCACGGACCCCAAAUGGGAGUCCGGAGAGAUCCGCAUCUUCUCGCAGGGUGAGCAAUACAUGGACGUGUGCGAUGAAGGGGGAUGCGGGGAUGACUUCGUCAUAAAGAAUCCCAAGGACGACAAGCUGCCCGUGUUUAAGCCCCUCUUUUUCGCUAAGAAGAUUGGAUAUGCUACCAGCAACCUCCUUUUGGACCCUCACUCCAGACUGUCUUUUGUAGACGACGCCUCGUGCUUGAAUCACCUUCGCCAUUCCUUCUUUCGGUGGAUGGCUCCGAAGACGGAUCUCCUGACCGCUCCUGUCGUCACGAGGGCCAAGACGCUUUCAGAGUUCAACAAGGCGGAGCUCUUGGAGGAAGCGUACGCUCGCAACCUAUGGGUCAACGACAGGUGGUCCACAGUGGAGCUGAGGUCCGCCAUUCAGGAGGACCGGAAGAACCCCUCUGCAGAUCACCCUGGAAAUGCGACCAAAGGGAUGCACGCCAUGAGCCUGGACCAGUUGAAGCAGAGGGCAAUGGAGCUGAACUACCACGUCCCGCCCUAUGCGACUCGGGGAACGAUCAUGCGGAUUCUUCGGGAUCAAGGCGGCAUGGGUCCGGAGUCGGUGCUCGGGUUCGGGCGGUCUCGCGGGAAGAUGUACAAGGACACUCCGAUCGGAUACAGGACCUGGGCGCUGCGCGAGGUGGAGAACAACGACAACCCGUCCGAGGACCUGGUGAUGUAUGCCAACUGGUGGCAGGGAGAACUCCACAAGUGGCAGGGGAACCCACCCGAGAAGACGAACCAGGACCCCUACGACGCCGAGGAGAAUGCGACGAUCCCCUAUGUGGACGAGGCGAGCUCUACGGCAUCAUGGGACGUUCUACAUCGACAAGCCCUGGCCUCUCCGACACCAAAGGCCAAGAGCAAAGCCCCGGGAUACGCAGCUCAAGCUCCAAAGGCCCCGACAAGGAGGAGAGCGGCCGAAGGACCAGCGAUGCCGACCCCGGAGAGAAUGGAGCAGGACCUCCCGGCCAGCGUGAACGAGGAGGUGAAGUAUUUGGAGGAGCGCCUCGCACUGCUCAAGGAGGCGAACAACGAUGAGGACGACCCCAGCGAUGAGAAUGAGGACAAAGACGGCGGUUCCUACGACGAGUUCCUCUUUCACUUGGACAGCGAGGUUACAAAGGAGAUCUAUGAAACGGAGUAUAAGCCCGACGACUAUAUGAAUCCUGGAGGCGGUGGGGACGUAGUCCAGCGUGAGACCCCCGGGAUCUUUGACAGUAAACAAAACAGGACAAGGAGCUGUGAGGAACUGGCCCGCUACAAGUUGACCCACAAGCGCUUCACCUUCGACGACCUCCUGGAGAUCGCCCGACUAGUUCCCCUACGGAAGCUCCGAAAAGGAAAAGGAAUGCGUCGAGGAGGAGGCACAACCUUCGAGUACCUCCUGGGCGGGCUCUACACCCACGGGAACAUGACGGGGAUUUCCAAUCAAAGCUCACAGCUACCGUGGACAAUGAAGUACGUGAACUCCUUCAUGAAGGCACAGGGAAUGGGACAAUGGUCUUCAUUUGUUCUCUUCAAGAAUGCAGCUACAGCCGUGCAUGCUGAUGUACACAAUCUUUCAGGGAGCAGCAUCAAGACGGUCUCUUUCGGGCCCUUUUCCGGAGGAGAAUUGUGGUUGCACGACCCCGAGGGAGAGCGCAGAACACAAGACCUCACUUGGAGGACAGACAGUGGAGGCAAUCACCUACCCGGCUACAACGUGGACACCAAGAACAAGAUCUUUGCCUUUGAUGGGAGGAGGAAGCAUGCAACCCAGCCAUGGAGCGGGGAAAGGUGGGCACUCUCGUGUUUUACAUCCCGAGGAUAUCAACAGACAGGCGUGGCCCUACGAGACCAACUUCGUGAUCUUCGGUUCCCACUGAGAGGACUUCCUCUACACCCCGAGGAAGCUCGUGGUGAUGGUACUACGAUCUCUGGGAAUCGACCCAUGAAGAGCAUCCGAAAAGGACUCUGGAGAAAGGCCGGAAGAUUGGCUGCUCUCACAGCCUGGUGUGCAACUGCCGGAGCUGCAUGCGUGACCGAACACUUUCCUUUGGCCCGAGGGCCGCAGGCUGUGUCACUCUUCGAGAUCGGCGGCUAUGACAAGACACUGGAGGUGACAGCUCUCGGCUAUUUGACUGCCGAGCCCUUCGACUACCCCGACGAGGACUCCGAGACCCUCGACUACCAGAUCGUCCAGCGCACCAUCAAGGAGUUUUCACCUGCAGUGAUCUGGUUACAUGGGAACAAAUCAACGAGCUACUUGGACAACAUCAUCGACUACCUCUUCGAGCACGUCGAUCGAGGAAGACAGCUUGCUCUGGAAGCUCCUCCUGGAGACCCUUGUUGGCAUGAACCGGAUCUACAGAGGAUUCUGGAGCGGUACGAUGGGAUGUGGGAGCAUCGGGAUGAUGAGCCUGGAGUCCUACGAGUCAAUGACCUACACGGUAAAGUACAACCCGUCAACGACGAGCACGAGAACAUCUACGAACACGUUGGGAUCUAUCCUGAAGAGAGCUACGUUACGGACCACAAGCCCGAAGAUGCCCCGGAAGAUCCUGAACGAGCUCACAAGACAGGAGCCGAAGCUAUCUCUUUUGAAAAGGGGAAAGGACUGGCCCCCGAAGUGAAGUCUUCACUGCGACGACUCCACCAGAACUUGGGCCACCCCUCCAACACCGACCUGGCACGCCAUUUACGACUUGCCGGAGCAGACCCAGUGGUGGUGGACGCAUGCAAACGUCUACAAUGUCAAGUGUGCCAGCGCAACAAACGAGCGGCAUCGAGCAAGCCGGCAUCUCUGCCCAACCUCCUCGACUUCAACCAGGUAGUGGCUGUGGACGCCUUCUACGUGUACGACUGCGACGGCGAAAAGGUAGAACUUAUGAUGGCGAUUGAUGUGGGCACUGGUUUUGCUCUAGCGGAGAACUUCAAGGCCGGCUUGGGGCGUUUCAGCGAAUGGCAUGGGACUCACGUUCGUGCCGUUGCUGGACAGGCGCAUUGGCAGAACGGCACGGUCGAGCGAGCCAUCCGGACCUGGAAAGAGAUCUGGGUGAAGCUUGUUGAUGAGAGGUCUGCCACUUCCGACGAGGUCAACAUGGUGGCGACGGCUGUCAACAGCGCUAUGAACACCCUCCGACGCGAUGCAGGAUUCAGUCCAGCUCAGGCCGUGUGGGGUCGUGAUCCUCGACUUCCUGAAGAUGUCCACGGCUCUUUCCAGGACGAUCACGUCGAGCACAUCAUCAGUCACGAUCGUCAGAGGGCUCGCGAACACACCCUCAGGAUCGCGGCCAAGGAAGC